CACGCGAGCCUUCACUCAUACGCAAUCUCCCUUGCUAAGAUGUCUCGCCUGCUAAGACCAGCCGGAGCUCUCCUGAAAAAUUAUUCCAACAAGUCUUUCCUGGUCAAGAAUGUGAGAUAUCGGGGAACUAUUGCAGCAGCCAGCUAUGAGCAGACACUACUGAAUGUCCCUGCUACACGAGUCACAGUCCUUGACAAUGGAAUGCGUGUUGCUUCUGAGGACUCAGGUGCUCCAACUGCAACAGUGGGACUGUGGAUAGAUACUGGCUCCCGCUUUGAGACUGAUGCCAACAAUGGAGUAGCUCACUUCUUGGAACAUAUGGCUUUCAAGGGAACCUCAAAAAGAUCCCAAACUGAUCUUGAACUGGAAGUUGAAAACAUGGGAUCACACCUCAAUGCUUACACAUCUCGGGAACAAACUGUCUUCUAUGCAAAGUGCUUUUCUGAAGAUAUUGGCAAGGCUGUUGAGAUUCUCUCGGACAUCAUCCAGAAUAGCAAGUUUGGAGAGGCUGAGAUUGAACGAGAACGUGGAGUUAUUCUAAGAGAGAUGCAAGAAGUAGAGAGCAACCUUCAGGAAGUUGUUUUCGACCACCUUCAUGCUGUAGCCUUCCAGGGCACACCACUUGGCAGGACCAUCCUUGGACCCACCAAGAACAUCAAGUCAAUUAGCCGUGCUGACUUGAUUGAUUACAUCACAACCCACUACAAAGGACCCCGUAUUGUGCUUGCUGGUGCUGGAGGUGUUAACCAUGAAACUCUGGUGAAGAUGGCUGAAGAUAAUUUCAAGAGUCUUGGUGGUUCUUAUGUUGGAGAUGCUCCUGAAGUUGCACCUUGCCGUUUCACAGGGGCAGAGAUCCGUGUCCGAGAUGACAGCAUGCCCUUGGCACACAUUGCUAUCUCUGUGGAGGGUGCUGGCUGGUCUGACCCUGACAACAUACCACUUAUGGUUGCAAACACUAUCAUUGGCUCAUGGGAUAGGACUCAUGGAGGUGGUGCCCAUAAUGCAUCAAACUUGGCACAGGCAGCAGUAGUGGGCAAUCUCUGCCACUCCUUCCAGUCCUUCAAUACAUGCUACAAGGAUACAGGGUUGUGGGGAAUGUACUUUGUCUGUGAGCCAUUGAAGAUUGAGGAGUUCAUGUUCAACCUCCAGUCUGAGUGGAUGAGGCUGUGUACCAACGUGACAGAUUUUGAAGUGGAACGUGCAAAGAACAUCUUGCGCACAAACCUCUUGUUGCAGCUUGAUGGAACAACACCCAUUUGUGAAGAUAUUGGUCGUCAGAUGCUGUGCUACAAUAGGCGCAUUCCACUUCAUGAACUUGAUGCCAGAAUUGAGGCUGUAACUGCUGAUGUUGUUAGAGAUACGUGCUAUCGGUACAUCUAUGAUAAAUGCCCUGCUAUUGCUGCUGUUGGCCCCUGUGAAGGUCUCCCAGACUACAACAGAGUUCGUUCCAGUAUGUACUGGUUGAGAGUGUAAUUAAGGAAAAAGGGUCUGUAAUUAAGGCAUGAAUUCACUUUCAUUUUUGACUUUAAAGACCAAGAGAAAAAGUGGCGUUAAUGUGUAUGUUGUAGGUAAAUAUAUGUACAUAUAUCAAAUGUGAUUUAAUAAACAUAAUGACAA